AGUGUCAUGUAUGUGUGUGCGCGAGUAGCAGCCGGGCGUCGUGGUUUCGGUUGGCUGGGAGGAAGAGGAAUAACGAAUGUAGGAGCCAAAGAAGAAUUCCUCGUUGGCGAACGGCGCUGGGGCGAGAAUAUCCACAGGAUUUCUGAAACGUUUUUACGGACUACACAUGUCUCCUUAGGGGAAUUUAGGGAAGUUUCCCCCUCACACGUUCCCGGAUCGGAUAAGAUCACUCCGUCUUCUGACAGCUUGGUGACGCCCACAAAAGGAACUUACUGACCCAUAACUCAUGGCUUUCUUAGUACUGGGACUUCACUCACACAUGACCUAGAACUGGGAAUUCACCGUGUUGCAUUAUACUGUCUGUGAUUUGAGUGGUCUUUGAGCUUCCCGAUUGGUCUAGAAGGAUUAGGGAAGGUGAGUCCUUUCCUACCAAAGAAAUGAGUGUGGGAAGAGGAAGCAAAUGCAGUGUGGAGCUUGUCCAUCUCUUCUCCCUCUAACUGAACACCAGCAGUCUCGAUUCAGGAUGCUCUCUUUUCCACAACCGCUGCCCUCAUCUUUGGCCCUGAGACUACAGUGGGCUCCAUGAACAUGUACAGAGAUACAGGGGUGUGUGCCACCCCUCUCUCUCAACCUCUUCCUCCACCCCAUCUCCGUCUACCCCUCCAUAAUGGCCACUCUUCCAUGGGCGAUCCAACCCCAUCCCGUGUCUCCGUGCCCAAAAUGGGGGUUCGAGCUCGGAUUGCUGAGUGGCCUCCUCGCAGGGCACUGUCACGAGAAUCGCUGCUUGAGAAUGGCCAGGGCAGUCAUCCGGAUGACCUCAACAGUGAGGAUGGGAUUACACAUGGAGGUGUGACCAGGUUUCCACAGCGAGUUACCAGAGAUGCUGACUUCCUUGAGUCAGGUCCGAGGCCUCCAGGCACACCACCAAGGUUUCGGACUUCUGGAUUCGCUCCCCUCCGACAACGCUCCAACAGCGAGAUUACAUUGAGUGAGCAAGAUGAAACCGAGGUGGAAGGUCGUUUGUUCCGGGAAUAUGGCAGUACCUCUUCCAUCAACGUACAGGCAGUGUCUGAGCAAAGCUUUUUUGACAUGCUCAGCCAGUUUCAACAGGAGCGACCAGACCAGCGUAGCACAGCCCCUGCCAAGCUUGGAGAGCUGAUUGGUGCUUCUUUAGAGGGACCCUCUUCACAUGCCUUCUUGUCAACGCCACAGCCCGAUGACCGCCCGGAGAAUCGUGUACGCAAAAAGAGUGGGGGCACAGAGUCAUCCCUUGGCACCUCCUCCUUAUUUCGCAAACUCCGUAGCUCCAGUCGCGGUGAAACAGAGACUCCACGUGGUGACGUGGAUGACACACGGCCCCCCGAGACAUUGUCUUCCAAACCCUGGCUAUGUGUGCGGAGUUUUGCCCACUAUGACUCUCAGAGCGUUCUGUUUGACUUGCACGAGGCAGCAGCCCGCCGUAGCUACGCCGCCCAGCGGCGAAACACAGCCACCGGAGCCUCGGCUGCUUCUUCAGCUGCCGUUUCUUUGGCAGUUUCCAGAGCUAUUGCUCUGGGGGGAGUGGAGCCCAACUUUUCUAGCACUGAUGACCUCAGUGUCAGAGACCUUUCAGAAGGAUCAACCCCAGGACUGGAACAUUUGGAGCAGGGUGGUCCAGCUAGCGUUAACCCCAACUCUCAGCACCAGUUGUUGCUGAGCUGCCCGCACUUUCUCAAUGAGACCGGAAGCUAUGGGGAACGUAACGUCAGCUUCUUGAGCUCGUGGGCGGAGAGAGGAGAGUCUGGUGUGGUGGAGGCUCGGCUUCAUCUUCGCUGCAGUAAUGCCAGUGUGUCCAUACUGGAGGCACUGCCAGAAGUUCGGGCCACCAGGUUAGAGAGACUGCAGCAGCACUGCAUCGAGCAUGUUGACCUGGGUGCCAAAUACUACCAUGAGCACUUUUAUGGGAAAGAGCACUGGAACUACUUUGGUACUGAUGAGAAGCUGGGGCCCGUGGCUCUGAGCAUCCGGCGAGAGAAACUGGAAGAUACCAAAGAUUUAAAGGACCAGUACCAGUACCGCAUCAUCUUUCGCACUAGUGAGCUGGUCACAUUGCGAGGAGCGAUCCUGGAGGACGCGGUUCUGUCCACAGCGAAGCACGGAACGGUUCGUGGUCUGCCUCUAAAAGAAGUUCUGGAGUAUGUGCUGCCAGAGCUCAGCGUAUCCUGUCUGCGAUUGGCUCUCAGCACGCCAAAGGUCACCGAGCAGCUUCUUAAACUGGACGAGCAGGGGCUCAGUCAGAAACACAAAGUGGGCAUCCUGCUGUGUCGAGGGGGGCAGAGCACGGAGGAGGAGAUGUACAACAAUGAAGAGGCUACGCCAGCCUUUAAUGCCUUCCUCGAGCUGCUGGGUGAAACUGUGUGUCUGAGGGGUUUCAACAAAUAUGCUGCCCAGCUAGACACCAAAACGGACUCAACUGGAACACACUCCCUGUAUACCACCUAUCAGGACUACGAGAUCAUGUUUCAUGUGUCCACCAUGCUUCCAUACAUGCCCAAUAAUCCUCAACAGCUCCUGAGGAAGAGGCACAUAGGAAAUGAUAUAGUCACAAUUAUAUUCCAGGAGCCGGGAGCCCUUCCGUUCACUCCACAGAAUAUUCGCUCUCACUUCCAGCACGUGUUCGUCAUUGUCCGUGUGCACAGCCCUUGCUCUGACAACACCUGCUACAGUGUGGCAGUGACCCGCAUGAAGGACGUCCCUCCUUUUGGACCGCCGAUACCUUCAAAUGGCAUGACGUUCCGUGACCCUGCUGCCUUCCGCGCUUUUCUGCUGGCCAAGAUCAUUAACGCAGAGAAUGCUGCGCACAAAUCGGAGAAGUUUCACGCCAUGGCAACCCGCACGCGCCAAGGAUACCUGCGGGACCUGGCGGAGAACUGCGUUUCCACUACGCCGCUCGAUACUGCUGGCAAGCUGAACAAUCUCAUCUCUCUGGCCUCCAAACGCAAGGAACGCGUCCGGGCUCGCGAAGCAGCGGAAAUGGGCGCCGCAGGAGCGCUCGUUUGGCGCGUGCUUGCGCAGGACUACAGCGGCGGAGGCGCCGAGCUUCCUUGUGCUCUUGCCAUCUCUAAUGAGUAUGUAGUGCUGGCGGACUGCUCCACCAAAGAGGUGGUGUUUAACUGUUUCUGUGCUGAUGUGAUUGGCUGGACAGCAGAAAGACUUGCGCUGAAGAUUUUCUAUGGCAGAGGAGACCAUGUGGCUAUACGGGUACCUGAGGGCUGUGCACAAGAUAUCAGAGAGGUGGUGCAGAGACUUAAGGCAUUGACUGUAGGUUGCGAGACAGUUGAUAUGACAUUGCGACGUAAUGGUUUAGGCCAGCUUGGUUUCCAUGUGCGUUUGGACGGAACGGUGUCCGAAGUGGAGGAAUACGGUUUCGCUUGGCAGGCGGGACUCCGGCAGGGUAGCCGAUUGGUAGAAAUCUGCAAGGUUGCAGCAGUGACACUCUCCCAUGAGCAGAUGAUCGACUUGCUGCGGACGUCGGUCACUGUAAAAGUGGUCAUUAUUCCACCUUAUGAAGAGGGUGGGGCCCGCAGGGGCUGUACGGAGGAGUACGAGAUGAAGAUGAUGGAGCAGAAGGGAGAAGCGGAGCCAGUGGCUGCAGGGUAUCGUGGGGGGCAACGAACCCCAGUAUGGCGCUGGGACAGCCCCCCUGGUACACAUAGCUCUGCCCAGCGCUGGACCCCCAGCGGACCCCCUCCAGUCCCCAGCCGUACACACAAAGCUCUGGUCCCUGUUCCAUACAGAGAGCCCCAACACAUCUCUGCUAAAAGACCUGUCAGUUACCCAGAGAACCAUUACAGUGUGUCUCCUCUUGGCGGGGACAGAGGGAUGCCGUACAGAAACCCUUCGGCUAGUUUCUCCAGUCCAGGCUCUGGGUUUAACUCCACUGCACUGGGGGUGCCGGGACUCAGCGGACCCUUUGUCCGCUAUAAACCCUCUCGAGACGGGUUUGGGUCAGGCCAGCGGCCUCUCCAGCCGUAUGACCCACAUGUUACUGUCGAUGUCUCGAGUGGAGAAUCAUCAUCUGGUUUCACUAGCCAAGAAAGCACAAUGGAGCGCAACAAAUCAGAGCCCAUGUGGCAUGUUCCUGCAUCGUCGCGAGGUGUGUCAGGCGGCUCAGCUCAGAGAAGACCAACCCGACAGGACGUUGCAGGGAAGGAUUCUCCAAACCGCCACUCUAAGGGUGAGGCACACUAUUCCAGUCACUCCAGCAGUAACACACUCUCCAGCAAUGCUUCCAGCAGUCACAGCGACGAGCGCUGGUUUGACGGGGUGGGAGGUGGGGUUUCCGGUGUCCUGAGUGACCCCUCAGACCCCGAUCCUGACCUAAUGGGCAAGGGAGGGUCCAGUGACAGUGGCAUCGAUGCAUCUCUCUACACACCAAGUCCCAACACUAAAGGAGCCAAACCUAGCCGCAGUCUUGCAGGAACCCCCCACAAACCCCUGCAUGGCUCUGCUACCUACAGCGGCUUACAGGAGCUGUCAGGAGGGGGAGGAGGGAGGGAGGCCGGAGAGGGUCGUCGCAGGGAGUCAUCACCCGUCAUUGCUGCAUCAGCCAAUCAAAGCAAGAACUACCGCACACGCACAUUCCCCCCUCCGGGAUCGGCCAGUGCUGACAACUUCAAAGCAAGGGCCUGCUAUACCCCUCAAGGAUAUAAGACCCCUGCUGUGGCCGAUAAACCCCGGGCUUUCAGAUCUUCAACAGUCACACCCAUGUCAGGCUCCGCCCCGCUGUCAAGCUCCGCCCCCAAAUCAUUUAGUAAAAGCAAGAGUGCAUGGCAACAGGAGGAGAACAUCACAGCAACCAGCAGCACCUCCACUGACAGCAACAGCAACAAGCAGGUGGAUAUGAACAGUAAGAACGUGUUCGGACAGCCCCGGUUACGUGCCUCUCUGAGAGACCUGCGCUCACCACGCAGAUCUCACAAGAGCACCAUUGAAGACGACUUGAAAAAGCUCAUCAUUAUGGACAACCCUGGGGACACACCAUCACGGGAUGCGUCUCCUCAUCGAACCCUGCAACGUACUUUCUCAGAUGAGAGUCUGUGCAGUGGACGGAGAGAUUCUAGUUAUGCAAGCACGCCUCUUUUUGAAGGACAAGUGCCGCCCAGUGACCUUCUCUUCACUUGCACGCUGCCUACUCGUCGCCACGGACACAACACCAACCUUGGAGCCCUCAUGCCCAGUAAGAAAGUACCGUUGUCUGCAUCAGAGUUGUCACUAACUGAGGUGAGGGAUAAGGUUCCACCUCUCAGAAGGCUGGACCCUGGACUCAUGCCCCUUCCUGACACUGCCUGUGGUCUGGAGUGGUCCAGCCUCGUCAAUGCAGCCAAAGCGUAUGAAGUGCAAAGAGCUGUUUCUUUGUUCUCAUUGUCUGAGUCUCACGCGGGCAGCAAUGAGCUGAGACCCGUCAUCAGCCCGGUGCCUUUCCACACACCACAGACUCCCCGCACCACUCCUACUUUCAGCAGUGAAGAGGUUCCUAAUGACCUGUCUGGGCGUCUGUAUCAUCUAGAAGUCAUGCUGAAACAGCUGAACAAUGAUCUGGAAAAGGAGAAACAGGACAAGGCCGUGUUGUUAGCAGAGAUGGCUAAUCUGAGGCAGAACAACCAGCGUCUCCAGGAGGAAUCGCACUCAGCCAGUGAACAGCUCCGCAAGUUCAGUAAACUCUUAUCCUCUACCAUUCCCGAGAGGAAAUGAGUGCUUCCUUUCAUUUGAGAAGAGAAGAUCUUUGUGUACCUGUUUAGCUAAUUUAAUUCAAAGUCUCUUAUCGCCCAGUACAUCCACUGUCCCGCUCGCCCUCACAUAAGGCAAGUCUGCCAGCCCGCCUUCACCACACGAACCUGUAAGAUUUACGAAAGUGUGACGGAGGGAAACCGAGAGUUUAUGCGGGUCUGCCUGACGACUUGAGACUUUAAAGCUUUAACUUAAAGCCGGUACAGAUGUAUUUUUAAACAAACAAACAAACACACACACGAGUCCUACCUUGAAACGAGCGAGCUCCUCAUCUGAUCGAACUACUUUCGGAACUAUUUUCUCAUUGUAGAUUUAUUUUUGUACUCAACGAGUCGACACUAAGCUUGAGCCAGUGAAACUGAGAGGCCUAUUUAAUGCACAGUCAGCUCAACAGCCAAAAAAAAAUCAAAAAAUCAACAAAUCAGAAAAUAAACACUUGAGCCACGUGUGAGAUCCUGAGAAAUCACGGUACUGUAAGUGUGAGAAGAGGUACAGUGCUCUGGAAAUGACUCACAGAUAAUAUCGUAUAAUUAUAAAUCGCAUACUCUCAUGUGCAGGUACAUUAAACGCUGUUGUAUUCAUAUUUAUAGUCAACUCAUCUCAACUGAUUUAUCCUCCAUAAAUCUUCAACACAGACUUGAUAGUGACUCUGCAAUAAUGGCAAAAACGCGUGAAGAGAUGGAGAAUCACCACCACCGCUUUCUAACGGAAAGCAUCCGCUACUAAAACUGUGAUGUUACACCCAAGUCUUUGAUCAUUUCCUCUGUGCACGGACAUCAGUCAGUCUUUAAGUGACAGUGUCAUGUGACAGAAAAUGCCACUUGCUCUUUUAUGUAUAGUUUUGGCAUAGCACUGUGUGUAAACUUGGGCUGUUCUGUCAGUUUCCGACACUGUAUAUGUAUAUGCAAAGCCGACACUAAGAAACCCUAGUCAGCUCUGUUCCAUACAGACUCUAUUUUUCUAUUUGUAUUUAGUUCAGGUUUAUCAGGUGAAACGACUGUUGGCAAUAGAUGGCUGUUUUCAACUUCUAGACAGAUCAUCGUGUUUACAUACUAAGACGAUCCACGACUGCGGUUGGUUAUGAGCUCUGGAAAAUCGUCAAGAGUAACUGGAAUAACAGUCAGGCUGGAUCGAAUACGGUUUAUCAUGUACCCCAUGUUACUCUGUACAUGUCUGCCUUAAAAGUGGUCAGCUGUGACCAGUGAUGUGUUGUAAUUUACGACUCAUAUCAGCUCUCUCCUUCCCUUUAACCUGAUGCGACUGGAAAAAUAUCUCCUCCUCUCUCAGGACCCGUAAGCUGCCCUCUCGAUGACCUGAUCUCUAUUCGCCUAUUUAUUCACAACAAAGCAAAAGCACUGCAACAGUCAGUCAUCAUAGCUAUAAGUGAAAAUAUGUCUCUGCUCUUCUCAGACACACAAAAAACAACUAUAUACAUGCCUAGGACAGUAACUAGCACUGUAAAAAGCAAAGGUUUUUAUUUAUGGGGUGAGAGAUACAAAUAAUAGACCUGACAUCAUUCAUUUCAGCUGUUUUAGUAGUGUGAUUGUACAUACAGUGAUUUUAUACAAAGCUUUGAACUGCUGAUAGCUGACGUUACAUGUUUCUCCCCACUAUUAUGAGGAAAAAAUACAUUUAAAGGGAUAAGAAUGAAAAUUAUGUCAUCGUUUUCUCACCCUCAUGUCGUUCCAAACCUGUAUGACUUUCUUUCUUCAUGUGAAGUAUAAUAGUUUGGGUUCCCAUUGGCUUCCUUACAAUACAAUGGAAUUGAAACAACACUAGGGUGAGUAAAUGAUGACAGAAUUUUCCCUUUAAAUAAAAGUCUGUAUACAUGUUGGAAGCUUUUAGUUACAUGUCGUCACCCUGGACAUAUUAUCAUGUUAUGAUAAGCUCAUACCCCCCCCCCCUCUUUUUAGAUCAGUUUUUACCGUUUUCUCUGAUUCUCAUCUCAUUGCUGUGACUACAUGAAAUUCACCCACUGUGUUUUUUUUUGUCAAUGAAGCGGGAGGUUUUUCAGACUCUUGGUGUCUCACUCAGUUACUGGGUGUCAUAUCUACACCAUGGAUUGUCUUAUGAUUUAUGUUUGUAUGCUUGUUUGAUAGUUGGGUGGAGGUGUUUUAAUUAAGUUUGUUCUUUUUUAUUUUAUAAAGGGUAAAUAUGAGUAAUAUACUUGUGAAAACAUCUAUGUGCAUCUGUGUUGCGCAUUCUUAAAUCACGGCAAAUUAUAUAGUCCAGCUGUAAUAUUUGAAGGUUUAUUUUUAUGUGUAAUAUUUUGACUAUUUAUUUUGAUUCUUUUUUUGUUUUGUUUGUUUGCUCUUUUUAUAAAUACAGAAAGACAAAUUCAAGGUGAAAAUGACAAGAUUACAGAUUUGGUAACAUUAUUGGAGGGUACUGAGUUUAUGUAUGUAUUUUUUUAGUUUGUCCUUUAUAUUUUGAUUCAUGAUCUUUUGUACAAAGCUGAUUUUAUCCUUCUUUUUUUUUCUGAACUAUUGUAAUUCAUCUUUUUUGUCUCUGUUUCCAUAAGCUUCAUGCAUGAAACAGUGGCUCCAAAUGCCUUGAUUUAACUAUUGAUAACUGAUCAAUCUUUCAGUUUCUUUGGGGAUGUUGUAUCAAUGAGUGUACAUUUAAUAAGUGUAAAUUAUGUUUCCAUUAUUUUAUAAAAAAUAUAUAUUAAAAUAUUUCAUAAUGAUA